AAAAAGAAUGGCAUGCCUAGAGGUAGAAGGGUUAAUUUUUUAAUUUUUUUUCCCCACAGAGGUAAGGGUUAGUUUGAGAUUAGUCAAUAUUUUGGGCUUGAAAAAUCUGCUCUUAUGGACGGAAAAUUCAAAUAAGACAGAAGAAAAAUCUGGCAGUGACAGAAUUUUGAAGGAAUUGUCCUCAGAUGAAAAUGUCAGAAAAUGACCUGUCAAAUUUCGUUGACUAACGAUAAAGAUGGAAAAUAUCAAGAAUGUACUCAACAUUCGUGUGAAGAUACAUAAACAAAAGAAGAACAAGCCAUGGCUAUCAGUGCCCCAAUUUGGGGACUGGGAACAACAUGGAGAAAUGCCAGACUACUCCAUGGACUUCACAAAAAUUAGAGAAAUGAGGAAACAACACAAGAGGGAUGCGUCCAGAGCAAGUCUUGGCAAUGAAGAAGAGCUCACCUCCUCAACUGCCUCUGCCGCCACCAAAACCACCGUCCACCACAGUGAUCAUCGCCAUUACCACCAGAACAACCACUCUCCAACUCCGAGGAGGAGCAUUUUCAGCUACUUCAACUGCUUUGCAAAAGCAUGACCUUCCUGGAUCAAUUUCAUUCAUUUUCAAAAAAAUUCAUGUAAUGAUAUUAUACACUUGUUUUUAGUUUUAGGAACGAUGAUGUGUUUGCGAAUCCUACGAGGGCAUGUCGAUUCUUGUGAGAAAGGAAAUUAAAUCGGUGGAACAGUUAGCCGUAGUUAACUGGAAAUUUGAAUGGGGUAAACAAAAAACUAGCAGGACUUUGCCA